ACGUUGUUUUGUGUACCGCCAUUUAACCAAAAGAAGGAGAAGAUUCUCUUGAAUAUGAUUGGCUGUGUUCACGCUAGUGCUGAUGUGGUAUUCUGUUAGCAGAGCUGUCGACACAUUCAGGCACCAUAAUACUGAAUUAUUAUUAAAAACAAUAGCCACUGCACUUUGUUGAUAAUGCCUUACUUUCAGACCUGGGAGGAGUUUUCCCGCGCAGCAGAGAAGCUGUAUCUGACAGACCCCAUGAAGGUUCGGGUGGUUCUAAAGUACAGACACUGCGACGGGAACCUGUGUAUCAAAGUGACCGACAACGCUGUGUGUUUACAGUACAAGACAGACCAGGCCCAGGACGUAAAGAAGAUUGAGAAGCUCCACGGAAAACUGAUGAGACUCAUGGUGUCCAAAGAGACGCACAGCGGUUCGAUGGACAUAGAUUGAAGAUCUGUAGCAGCACUGGACUGAGCCUGCUGGACACAAAAUACACAGUGCUGUAGCAGUGUGGGGUCUGAGAUGGGAUGUGGCUCCCUGCGUGGAUUUAAUACAUCAGAGAUGUGAUAUUAAUACUGUCCAUUUUUGAUACUCUCAGGAUUUUUUUUAUUAUAUAAUUUCCAUUUAAAAUCUUAUCAUCCUAUUUUUCAGGCAUCUGUGAUCCCACCCCUGAUGGUGUUACUAUAAAGUAAGCUCAGUCUAAGCUGCUGGGUCAUUUAAGAUAAUGCAGAGGUGGAAGCAAAGUUGCAGUAAUGUAGGACAAAAUGUCCAAAUUCUCUAAUGCAGUGUAGCUUUGGCGCCUUGAUUUCUGCAUUUCCAUUUUAAAAAGGGUGACAAAUGAGAGCGAUUAAGACACUGCAUGUUUAUUCUAUUUUAUUCAUCCGCAGUAUGUAGCUGUAUGUUGGAUUUCGGCACAGCACACUUUUAGUUUUUCCUCAUGGUCAUGAGUGAAGCUUUUGAUUUCCUUAAGAGUGUGAAGUAAGUCCCCACACCUUCAAAUAGCCAAUUUGUCUUCUGAAAAUCAAUUUUACAGUUUUCAAUAAAUGUUUGUUUACCCCAGCACA